UCAUCAUUUUGCAAACACAAAUUAUUCGGUCGUCGGUGUCAGCUGCACAGUUUUGCGGAUUCCUAAGUAAAGUGUAGAAUUCUCAUAAUAUCCCAACACAAUAAGCAGAUUUUUGCAAAUCCAAGUGUUAUAUUUGUUUAACAAGUGCAAAAGCUUAAAUAGUGAAAAUUGCGAUUCCAGUUGAUCGCAGAUGUAGUUAUAUAUACCAAAGCAUAUAUAAAGUGAAAAGUGUAUCGAAAAGAACACGAAUAUUCUAAGAGCGAAUAAGAAAUUUCCCAUGCUUUCUAAAUACACAAUAUCUCCAUUUGCAUUAUAAUCGGAUCUAACAUAUAAGUAUAUUAAUUGUUUUCAAGUGUUUCAUUUAGUGCUGUUUUCUGCAAAGUUUCACGAGAAAAAUUUUCGCCUGCUCCAGCUGAUUUUUGGUUUAAUUGUGAAGUGUGCUGUGGCAGGAAGCAUAUAAAGCUAGUUUCAAUAAUCUUCACACGCCUGCUCGACGUCAGAACGCAUACCCACACAAGAACUUCGCGAAUUCCGCAUAAAUUUUAAGCCUCCACACACACACACUCACCAGAGACACGUCGAAAAUGUCGGCGUCCCGCGCCAACACCCCACCUUCCGAAUCGGACAAGGCGACGUCACACAACCACAGCAAUAGUGGUGAAACGAAUCACAACAACAACUUGAAAUUGAAAUCAACACAGAAUGGCGACGGCAGCAGCAGCAACGAUAAACUCUCGCCGGAUCAAGAUAUAUACAUAAAUCAAGCCGAUGGCUUACCCAGCCAACAUCCCACAUUACCCGAUGGCGAUGUAGACAGCGACAGCGAAAAGGAAGCUGUCGAUCCGGAUUCUUUCGACGAUUUGCCCACAUCCAUAAUUGUGACCAAUAUACACUCGGAGGUGUUUACCAAUCCAGAACUGAAACAACAAAUGGAGGAACUCUUUCGUACCUUUUGCGAUUCGGCGACCUUCCAGUGGUUACGUAGCUUCCGACGUUUGCGCGUCAACUAUGACAAUGCCAUAGCAGCGGCCAAUGCACGCAUCAAAUUGCAUCAGUAUGAAUUUAAUAAGAAGACGACGAUAACUUGUUACUUUGCACAGCCCGUAACGCCAGUCUCGAAUAAAAAUCUACAACCACCAGCGCCGGUAAAGCAAUUCCUAAUCUCGCCACCAGCUUCACCGCCAGCCGGUUGGGAGCCACGCGAAGAGAACGAGCCGCUGGUCAAUCACGAUCUCCUGGCGGCCUUGGCCAGUCUAACGCCCGGCGAGUCACACGAGCUGCAUCCCCAGACCGAAGAUCAGCCGGGCAUUAUUGUGCACACGGCCAUGUUGCCAGAGGGCGCGGUAAGCGCACCAACACUAGCUGUCGGCGCCAAACCGACCAUAGUGCAAACCAAGUGUCCGGAGCGUGCGUAAAGCGUGACAACGGAAUGUUCCUGCGUUGGAUGUGCUGCUGGACGGGCUGGACGAAUUAGUUUUAAGUACAUAGGCAGGUGCUGAGCACCGAAUUGAAAGUGAAACGAAGUUAAUGCGUAACUAGUUAAUGCAAAUACAAAUUUAGUACAGCAAUGAACUAAAAAAAAAUAUACAUAUACAUAUAUAAAUAUUGUUGUAAUUAGGUUUUUUUGUAAAUGAAUUGUUCUGUGAAAAUAUAACUGGAUUCCUAUCACUUCGAAAUUCUAGGCUCGCUCGGCGCAUGUUGAGCUGUAAACUGAAGUUUUUACAUGUACAUACACACAUAUGGUACAUAGUACAUAUACAUAUAUGCACCUCUCAAAUCACUGCUUCUAACAGCAACAAAUAAAGCAAAAAAAAUGAAGUGAGAAUUUUAAAUAGUUUUUCGGAAACUUUAAAUUUAAGCCUAAAUGUAUAUACAUACAUAUGUACAUAUAUAUUUAUGUACAUACAUACAUAUGAAUUUAUUAUUUAAUUUUGCAUUUUUAUUAUUUUAUUUUUUUAUUUCAUUUUAAAUUAUUUUUUUCUUAUUCUUAUUAUUAUUUAUUAUUCAUCAAUUUUAAUUAAUUGUAAAAAGUAAAUUUGAGCAUUAUUUAUAUUUUAAAGUGUAAAUAACUUAUCAAAACAAUUUUUUUUUUAAUUUUAAUUCAACAAUAUUCAAAGUGUACAUUGUUUUUAUAUAAACCAGUCGUUACAAUAAAUUUUAACUAAAAAGAGCGUUAAUUAAUUUUUUAUGAAUAAAUUAUUUAUAUGUAUAUACUGAAGUGUCGCUUUUUGAGUGAUUUUACUUAGAAUUACAAUUUUCUGUUACAUUUUUUAUUGAAUCUUGGUUUUGAAUUAAAUUUUUUUUACCUAAUUUUUUUAUUUUUCGUUUUUUUGUUAAAUUUUUAAUUAAACCUUUGCUCAUUUUUUUUAAUUCCUUCAUUUUUUUGCUUGUCAAAGCUGUGUACCAUUCUUCUAUAACUUAACCUCUUUAUUAUUAUUACUGUUAUAUUUUUAUUUAAAUUUGCUACCCAAAAUCUCAUUAUAACAUAAAUUUUUCAAAGUUUAGAACUUUUUUUUAGUAUUUGUUUCGUUUCUAAAGGGGAUUUCCCCGUGUAAAAAACAGCCUUUUUUCAAUAAUUUUUUCCUCAUAUAAAAAUUGAAAUAUUUUAUUAGAUUUUUUUUAUUGUUACCAGCAAACACUAUUAACAAAGAAAUUCUGAAAUUUUUGGGAAAAAAAAUUUUUAAAUUCGGCCAUUGCGAUGCCAUUUCCAGAAAAAAUAUUCGCCCGUGUUGAUAGGAUAACUCCUUACCGGAUCAUCUAAAGGGGGAAAAAUAUGUGUUUUAGUCAAAAUCUUGACUUAGGACUUGGACGAAGGAGGAAACCUGAAAAAAUGAACUUUUGGCAGACAUUUUUACAAAAAUAUUAAAAUUUCAGUGAAAAUGAAGAUGGGUUGAGUAGUUCUCGAGAAAUCUUGCUAACCAACUUCAAAAACACAGUUUCGAGAAAAACGCGUAUAAUGACUGCGCACUUAGCCUAGCUAGCUAUAUCUCCGUUUCAAUUACACGGAUCAACUUAAAAAUUUAGAACAAUAUUCUAGAGGUGUUGUAGAACUUAAUAAGACAAUAAAAAAUUGAUUUUUAGAAACCCAUGAGCUCAUGUUACCCCUAAAUUCUUGUUUAAAUAUUAAUUUUAUAUUUAUAUUUUCAGUUUUUUAUUUUAAACAUUUUUUGUUUAGUUAAUACUUUUAUUUAUUUCUAAUAUUUUUCAUAAUUAUUUUUUUAUUUAAUUUUUAUAUAUAUUUAUAUAAAAUAUUUUUUACCAAAAUUUUAAUUCAAUUAUUCUAACCUCCUUUUUACCAUUUUUUUAGUUUCAAAAUCAAUAAUAUUAUUUUGUUUUGUUUUUCUGUUGUAAUGCUUUCAGUUUUUUCUUAAUAAUUUUUGAAAUUAAAUUUUCUGAUUUUUUUAAAUAUUUUUUUUUAUUAUUUUAUUAUUUUAUUGUGGAUUUAAGUUUCAUUUGUUUCGAAUUUUGUUGUAUUUCUUUAAUUAUUUUUUUUUUU